GCAUGCAAUAUCCCGCGAAGUCAGCAUCGGCAAUCUGCGUGCAUCUAUCCUCUUCGUCCAUAUCAGCUCAAUCUGAACGAUGUGGGACUAUUCGAGAUCGACUGACAUGACGUGAGUCGUUGCCAACGAUGCGAGCUGAAGCGCUAGCAACCAGUCACGCGGAGAGGUGCUGUUGCCGCGAUGCAGAACAGUCUCGGGCAUCGCCAUUCCUCCUCUCGAUCCUCCUUGCGCCGAUUCGUGAAAAUUUGGCAUGAUCAUGAUCCACAUUCUCACGGCGCUCGGAAGCCUCUUGGUCGCUUUCACGGCUGAAGUAUUCUGCAAAGAAACGUCCACCUUCUGUGUGGCUGUGCCUACUUGUCGUGUCGUUUGCAAGGGGUCUUACGACCGAAUUGGAGUGCCGUACCCAAGCCCUUUCGAGACGACCAGCAUUAUUGACAAUUCGUUGUUCAGAGUCCGUCUCAAUAUGGAGGACGCUCAUGGCAAUCCGUACCCAUCCUGUACAUAUGAACCGAAUCAGCCAUGGACUCCCGCUUGCCUGGGCGGACCAGCCUGGGAGGGCAGUGACCUCUGGAAAGUGAGGAUGCAGGAAGAUUUUGGCAAGGUCAUGACGGCAGAGAGCGACAACGGGAUCGUCGAGGAGAUGCUUCGCAACUGCUGCACGCUCGCUUGGUCGGUACAGACAGAGUUCUACUUCAAUGCUCGCACUUUCGGUCACACGCCGCCCGUAUUCCGCUUGAUCUGCAGAGCCACAUCCGCAAAAGUGUCUCUGUGGAAGUGCUCGGAGUUGUUCCCUGUCUCGGACCCAGAUCCUGUCUGCGAAGCAGUAGAGGGAAAUUGCGCACCUUUGCUAGGCACGCAGCGCAAGAGAUGUCACUGGCCGGUAAGAAACCCUCCGCAAGUACAAUAAGGGCUAUGCAAUUGUUUUUCCGACCGAGAGAAGCUGAUCAGCUUGCGACAAGGAGAUCACGCCGUGCCUGCAGCAGCGGGAGCACAUUCAUUCUGCAAGGAUCGAACAGUCCUCCCGCACUAUAAGCGACUGCAGCAACACCACUCUGAGAUUUGCCAGACCGAAGAUCUUACUCGGUUGCCGGUAGAUUUCUCUUUAAACAACACAUCCGUGUCAUGAAGUGCGAAAAGCAAAGCAAUUUAUCGCAUCGAUGGAGUCGCUGCACAUGUAUUAAACGGCGAACCAGAACGGGGAGUGUCGGCCUGCCGCAGC